UUUUUUACACCAAAAAGUGAUUUUUGCUAGUCAAAGUAAAUUUUCUGCAUAUUAGGGAAAAUUACUGUUAUGUCAAAGUAAAUAUAUCUUGGUCUAAAAUGAUAUAUUAUACAUGUUAGUGAUUUACUAACAUAUGAAAUCAUGCUAAUCACUUCGCUAAAGAUUAGCCUUAAUUUCUAAGCUAGCCCAUUUUUUCCAAAAUGGUGGCUAUGGGGUAAAGUGAGCCAAAGGCUUUGGGGUGAAUUGAGCCAAUGGUUCAACUUACCCCACCAUAGAGCACUGAAAUCCAGUUAGGUGUCUGACAUGUGAAAUGGUAUUUCAUUUGAGUAUACUCAACUGGUUUGGUGUGUUUUUCAUAUGUUAACUACGGUAGAAAAGAUAUCAUGCCGAGAAACUACACAAGGAAAACAAGGUGGGGCUUAACGCCCAUUGAAGAGAUGAAGAGGGCAGUCAGUGAUGUCAAGGGUCAGCAGUGGUCCAUCAGAUCAGUGGCAAAAGAGAGGAAUAUUGACAGGUCAACACUGCAGAGGUACAUCAAAAAGAGUGAGGAAAAGGAAGUGAAAAUGACAGGGUACAUGGGAACAGCAGAAGCAAACAGAAUCUUCCCAUUGGAAUUGGAGAAGGAGCUAGCAGACCAUAUAAAAAAGCUGGCGGAGCAGUUUCAUGGCCUCACACAAAAGAAAUGCCGUGAACUGGCAUCAGAACUGGCAGAAAGAAACAACAUUCCUACCCCCAGCAACUGGACUGAGAAAGGUUUAGCUGGUAGGAUGUGCAAGAAACAACAACAACACCACGGAAUAUUGCAUCUGGAUUCAGAUCCACUGGGAUCUUGCCUUACAACAGAGGUGUCUUCUCCGAUGCAGAGUUUGAGCCAUCCAUGGUGUCAGACAGGCCCAACCUGGAGCAGCAGGCUGCAGCUGCAGAUGAUGCACCCAUGGUUUCAACCUCUCUUUCUGCCGAGCUACCUUCACCAGGCCCUGCACAGCCAUGUUCUUCACAAAGUGACACAAAUUCACACCCAAGCCCUGCUGGAUAUGUGUCUCCUUCUGUGAUUCUACCCUUUCCCAAAAGUCAGCAGCACAGGAAACAAACAAAACGAAAGCGUGUGAAGACAAGAGUCCUGACUGAUACACCUGAAAAGCAGGAAAUUGAACGUGCCCAUAAAGAGAGGCAGAAUAAACAGAAAGGCAAAACAGAAAGAACCAUCAAAGAGCAAGGAAAGCUGAAGAAGAAACGAAGCCAGACAAAAAACGUAGUGGAAAGCAGCUCUGAAGAGAGUGAUGUUGCCAUCCCAUUUGAUGACACUUCUGAGCAUGAGAGCUCAAGCGAUGAAAGAAGUGAACCAGAUGUUUCAGAUCUGGUAGUUGGUGACUUUGUCAUCGUAAAAUUUGUAUCCAAAUGCAUGAUCCACCAUUACAUUGGCUUGGUUGACAGCCUUGAGGGCAACGAAGUGAGUGCCAUAUUUCUCAGAAGAAUCCGAGCGAUCACAGGCAAUAAGAAACCCACCUUUGCAUUCAAGGAAAAGGAUGAGGCAUCUUUCCCACGGAGUGAUGUGCUGAAGAGGCUACCACAACCUCAAACGGCUGGAGGAACUGCAAGGCGGGAGCAACAGUUCAUUUUCCCCUGCAACCUUGACAGUUGGAACAUUGAAUAGUUGUUUUGAUUAAAUGGUUAAAUGGUUUAGAGACUAACUGGUGGUUUGUUUUGAAAGGAACUGGUGAUUUGUUCUGAUAAGUUCAAAACUGCUAAAAUCUUUUGUUCUCACAAGUUCAAAACUGUUAAAACCUGUUGUUAGCACAAUAUGCUCAGGUUUAAAACUCAGAUGGUCCACU